UGGAUAUCAGCUGAACCAUGUCCAUGUCGCACUGUGGCUGGAAUAGAGUCCUGUUGCUGUUACGAACCGGCACCUCAGCUGUCACGCGCUGCGUGGAGACGCAUUUAAAUUCUAACCUUACGGGUAAAUUCAUUUACGCUGAUAUGUUUAAAAAAGAUGUGAAUUCAAAACACUUUUUGCGUUUAUAUCUGCUCAUAUGUGUUAGAAUAUAAUUUAAAACUGACAUGCGGCGUUCUCCGCUCUUCUCAGACUAGAUUAACUAACGCAAACCAGAAGUUAGAUUAUAUUUAAUCUGGAUUAUAAAAUCAGAAUUGUCAGUUUUUAUUUCCUGCUGGAUCACCGGGAUGAGAGCACGUUUUCCUGCGCUCCUCAGACACCCGCUCCUACCGAGCCGUGCGUAAUAAGCUCCAUUCUACCGAUGCGUUUCUCUGGUAGCGAGUCAGAAAAGCUCACAUCCAUGUUUUAUUUUUUAGACAACAGCAAACCUUCUAAAUCCUCCCAUUCCGUUUCCAAACAGCCCUAAUGGUCGAGGUCGCUGAGUUCAGCUGCGCUUUUUUUGGUCAUAUUAAGACUUUAUUAAUUUAAAAUAGUUUUUCUUGCGCACUUUAGUGUGAUCUAGUCUCCCGAUAUUUAUAUGCAGAUAUCCGUCGGUGAAAUGCUUUUUUUGUUUUCUUAUUUUGAAACAUUUAAAACUUUUGAGUGAAAAAGCGCACCCGUGUCCUGCAGGAGGCGCACACGCGCUGUUUGGUUUUACAACAAAGAUACACCAACGAUCCAGGGACAUUUGUACUUCCGUGUACACCAGCUGCAAAACAUGCUGACGCGUUGUCAAUGUGUUUAUGGGAAACGCGCAAACCUAAAUGUGACCUUUUUUUUCUCUUUGGAGAACUCUGCGCUCACAGAAAGACAACAACACCCUCCUCUUCUGACGGAGCCGCUGGACGCAUUUCCUCAAACACUGCGCCGUAAUCGUGGCGCUGCGUAUUUAGAUCGCCGGCACCUUGUUGCUCUUUCCCUUUCCUUCCGCCUGCUUUCCUCAUUCUUCUUUGGCACCGCUGUUACGAGCGCUUUCGUUUUGCUGCUGCGCCGCGCUGACAAUAAGGGAUGUAAGACAAAUUUCUGGGAUAUAUCAUUUUAAGAUGAAAAACACAAACAGGGAAAGUGGCUCUAAACGUCUUUUUGUUUUUGUUUUUAGCUCUGACCUCUUCACCUUUUGACCCAAACGUAGUUAAUUAGAUUUAGGGCUUCAGGUAUGAUAAUCUCGUGAAAUUAUUAUUAUUAAAUUAGCGCAUUUAAUCUGUCUGACGCAGCUAUAGUUUCCCAAAGUCGCGCCUUUCAUGUCCGACUUUAUUCCCUCAAAACAGUAAACAAAGAUUGAUCUUAAUCAGCAAUUUCACACAGACAACAGAGACGCGCCGUGCGUCCGUUUGGACAGGAAAGCGGGUCAACGGCCAGUAGGCUGCGGAACACUGACUCCGUGCGCUUCGGGAUGAUUCCGCUACUUUUAGACAAUAGUCUCAAUAAAAAUCCAACAGGUUAUCAAAACAGUAGAUAAGUCUGCAUAAAUGACGCAAAGUCUACUUCUGUGAAGUUGUAGAACUGCGGGACAAAGUCCGGUCUGUAUUCAGAUAUGCGCUGCGCAAAUGCAGCUUCAGAUGCGGCAGAAAUUAACUGAGUGAUGAAAGACCAGGCUGACGGUGCCGCUCUGUUCCAACAGGCCACCAAACCUGUGCGAUGGCUCGAAACCACUAAACGCAGCUGCACCGAGCGUUGGAGGAGACCCAUCAUCCACCGGCUGCGUUCCAGACUCAGAGCGAAACACGCACAGCAGAGAGCGGAGCUUUGCGCACCCGAGCAGUGCGGGAGAGGAGCCGGAGUCGCCGUCUUGGUCCCCAAAUCCGGCCAGCUUAGACGUUUUCCGAAGGAGAUCCAUAUUUCGCGCCAAUCGACGCUCAUCAAGCGGAUAUUUCUCCUUCGAGAGCAUCUCCUUGCCGAACUCCCCGUUGUUCCCGAGCGCAGAGACGACCGACCAAGCCACACAGACUCCCAGCCUCACUGGACAGGAAACGCUGCCGCCCCCUCUAGCACGCAGGAGCAAAACGCAAUGACGGCAAUGGAAGCAAGGACGUUCGGACGACACCUCAGGAAUAUCGGGGAUGACUACAACAGACUCCUGUUACGGAGGAUGGAGGACCCACGGAGGCGAAAUAUCGUCCCUCCGAAUUUCUUGCCACUCAUCCACCCGGAGCCAGUCGCCAUGCUCUGCGUGAGCCUACUGAUCAUCCUGAUUGGACGGCUCAUGUACUCCCAAGGACGCCUAUAUGACCAAAAUAACUCUCAGGUUUAGACUCUCAAGACCCAGCAGAUGUAGCAAUGUCUCUAAACUGUGUGUUUUUGGAUAUGGCCAUUGGUGAUUUUCCCCUUUGUUUUUGUUCAUUUGAGGACUCCGUAUUUCUAUUUUUUCUUCCUUUUUUUUGGACCGUUUUUGGUUUAUUUUUUCAAGAAGGAACUCUAAAACGCGUUGAUGCUUGUUUUUGCACCACUGUUUUUCCUUAAAGGCUUCUGAGCCUCCAUCCGUCUACCAAAGAGGCAAGAUUUGCACUCCCUUUUGAAAGAGUAGAGGCAUUUGUUUCACCUAAAGAUGCCACUGCAAAAAUUACGCCUGUGGAAAUUCAAAUGUGCCUUGUGCAUUUUGUUGUUGUUUGUCUGUUUACUUUAUUUAGCUUCUUCUUUUUAUGAUUGUACAGCGGUUAAGUGCUUCCUGGUCCAUCCGUUUCUUGGAUCCAGGUUUCACACAAUUCUGUAAAAGUUUCUUUCUUGAUUUAUGCGGAUGGCGUUGUUAGAUUGCAGCAGAACUUGUUUUGGUAGAAUCAAGCAUGUAACUGUGCCGGAAACCACUGGGUAAUUUUUUUAUUACCCAACAUUUUCGCCAUGCAUUGUUCCAAACUACUGAAAAUUUUGGCAUUUUUCUACAAAAAAUACACACAAGAAUUCAUUGUAGCUAGCCAUCAUAAAAAUGGGUUAUUUCAUGAUGAGACUACCAACCACUUACUCUCAUAUCUUGAGAUUCCAGGACAUUAAUCAGCAGUUAUCCUGUAUAAAUAAAUAUUAGCCUGACCUGCCAGACUCAUCCUCUGAUUAAUUCUACACAGAGAACUAGUCUGGUUACUCACAGGCAGAGAGGCACAUGAGAGGCGAGACUAGCCAGCUCGAAAAUAACCAAUCAGAAAAAAAGGCUUAAAUGCCGACUGUACCGCGCGACGCUGUAGUUUUUAGCUGUAGUCAAAAAUGGCGACGUCGCAAACAUAUUUCUUUAUAAGAAAGGCUUUUAGCGCUUCUACUUGUUGUGAUUUUAAAGACGUGUUCAAGUCAUAUAGAACAGAGGAAAGAGCCGCAGCAAACUACGCUUCUGUCACCAUGUUUAUGAGAAACUCAGCGUCGUGGUGUGUGACGUACGCUGCUCAGCGCUGACUGGCUCGGUUAGAAUUCUCAGGGGGUGUGGUUAGCUGGUUAGCUAGUCAGGCUAAAUAAAUGUAACACCUUCAUUCAGAUGAGAAUGCAGAAAUCAUAACGUUAAAAUACCGCAAGGCCAAUAGGAGUCGAAGAUGACAAAAAGUAAAAAUGUACCAUAGCUUCUUUACUAUUUAGUACUUUCCCUUUUUUUCUAAAAAAGUAACUUUUUCUACUAAAGUAUAUUUUUGACAAUAUCCAUACAAAGGUAGUGAUUUAAAAAAAAUAAAAUGGGUAAAAUACAAAAGGUACCAACAGUAAAAGCUCUGGUUGGGUUUGGAGAUGCAUUAAAAGCUGCAACACCCUCUCCAUGAAACUCUUUGUGGAGGUACUUAAAUACUCAGCUUGCCCAUUGUAAAACAUUUUUAUUUAUUUUUGUGGAUUUAAAAUGAAAAAACAACAGAAAGCAAAUGGAAUCUGGAUUAUUUUUCCUGCAAAAGUACUAAGGAUGCGUGGACAAAACCUGAAUUUCUUUGCAUUUUGAUGAAUGAACUUUGUUCCUACAGAUUUUAAUUGUUGUUUUUUACAUUGCGACAUAUCUCUACAUUGUUUAUGUGUCAUAAUAAAUCAUAUUAGACAGCAACUUUUAACUUUUGAAAAGUUGAUUGAUCAUGUUUCAACCUCAAGUUGUUGCUGCACAUUUAGUUUUCACUUUGGCCUUAAUAGAUUUUUGUUUUUUGUACAACAACAAAAUUAUCUCCCAAUGUUAAAUUCCUGUUAAAAUAAACAUUUUCACACAAAAGCUAAUUCCUUCCCUAGCUAAUGAUAAAAUACAGUCUGGUUAGUUGUUUAACUACCCAUAAAGCAAUCCAAUUGAGUUUAUUACUAUAGCACCAAUUGACAACAAGUCAUCUCAAGGCAUUUUACAAAGCAAACAUUCCAACUGAACCAAUUUAUCAAUGCACAGAGUUCAGUUUAUUAAUCUGAGUUAAAAGUUCCCAAUGUAAGGUAACCCAGCAGAUUGCAUCAAGUCACUGACUUGUGUCAGAGACUUUACAGCAAUCCCCAUACUAAACAAGUGUGUAGCGACAUUGGAGAGGAAAAUUCCCUUUAACAGGAAGAAACCUCCAACAGUAUGAGCACAUAGGUAUAAGAAAACAAAGCAGAUUCACACAAAACAAGAUAAACUAGUAGUAGUACUUUAGUAAAAAGUUAAUAUCAACAGUGGGAGAAUUUUCAGUGGUUGGCAAAAGAAGUUGAACAAAUUCAUCGAUGAACUCAUGUUUGUCUUUUAAACCAGUCAGUUGUGUCCUUUCUAGUUUUCUUUACAAAUGUUCCAUUGUUCUACAAAAUCUUAUAGAAUGAUACAGCUUCCCCGUCUCUGGUUUGGUCUUCAGAAGCCACAGAGAAGGAGAGUAACCAGCAAGUUUUGGCUUGUUGACAGUUUUCCACUUAUUGUCAUGAUUCAGUCCAGCUGUGUCUACUCAUGCCUGUUACCUCAUUAAACACUCACCCAGUCAUGACUACUAUGAAAUCAGAAAGGUUUGGAUUAGUCAGUUCUUAAACAUUAUCUUAAAUAUCAAUAAAAGAACCAACUUUAUCAUGUAAUUUAGGGUUGGGGUUAAUCACCGAUUUUUUAUUAUAUUUUAAGAGCUUGUUUCCACUCCCAUGACAGAAAGUUAGCAUCGGAUUUAGUUUUAUACAAAGCAUAAAAUACUUCCUGACGUGUUUAACUGUAUUUAGAUCAAUACAUUGAUUUGACAUUAAUUCCUAUUGUUGUCUGCCACCAUUCAGUCAGCAAUAGCUUGUUAAAAAGAUGGCUUCUAUAAGUUCAAAUUAUUAAUGGCACUCAUGAAUUUGCUCAUUAGAACACAUUGAUCUAAAACAGGCGUGGGGAACCCUGGUCCUCGAGGGCCGGUAUCCUGCAUGUCUUUGCUCCAACACUCCUGUUUCAGUUGUUGGUUCACCUGUUCUGCAGCUCAUCAAGCUCUACAGAAGCUUGUUACUCACCUGCUGAUUGAAAUCAGGUGUGAUGAUGCAGGGUUGAAACUUUGGCCCUGUCCACACGUAGCUGGGGAUCUGCCAAAACGUAGAUAUUUUUCUACGUUUUGGCCUGUCAUCCACACGAAAACAGAGUUUUUUCACACAAAAACGGAUCUUUUUAAAAACUCUGGCCAAAGUGAAGAUCUGCGUUUUCUCCGUUUUGGGUGUCUGCGUGUGGACAGACAAAACCGGAGUUUUAAGGUCCGCAACGUCACUUUCCGCGACAAAAAAAUGCUGACAUCACGUGUGCGACCUGUAUUUACACUAGACGACAGCAUGGAUGCCCUCAGAGCUGCGCUCGCUUUAUCAAUUGUCCAAGCGCUUUUUGCUUGUUUGUUUUUGCAAGCGGAAUUACUGCUCCUUGCGGAAGACCACAGACGAAGGACGAGGUUAAGAACGGGGGGAAGUACUGCCGCCUACAGGUCUGGCAUGUCCUUAACAACGUAUUUAUCCGGGUACGUGUGGACAGAGUUUUUUUUAAAAAACGAGGUGGUGUGGAUGCAAGUUUUUGGAGGGGCGGAUAUUCGUUUUAAAAAAAACCCGGCUACGUGUGGACUAGGCCUAAAAUGUGCUGGAUAGCGGCCCUUGAUGGACCAGGGUUCCCCACCCCUGAUCUACAAUGUUGAGCAAAAAUUGGUUCGUGGAAUAAUUUCUUACCUUUUAAAUGGUAAAACAUUACCCACAGAUUCAACGACCAUCUUUUUCACCAUAAAGGGCAGUAAAAAAUCUCAUUGGGAGGCUUUUGAAGUGUAACAUUUUGAUUGUGCAAUAGUUACGACUACAAGUAUUACAACCCACCUGCUUAUUACCCCCAUUUCCAUUAAUACCAGGGUUAGUUCCACUUCACUGAGCUUUUGUGCAUAACAAUACCAAAAUGCUAACGAAACACCAUGAUGCAGUUGUUCGUGCUUUGCUUGUUGUGUAAAUCGUCGGUUUGUUUGUUUGUUGGUUAAAGUUUUGGAUUCAGUGUUAGCCCGGACCAAAGGGAGUUGUGAUUCAGUCCUGGUUUGCAUGUUUCAAAUCACUUCACCUCAAGUCUACACAGAAUCAAAUCAGCUUUAAAUGCCUGCUUGCUUUGACCAGACUGGACCAAACAAAUUCCUCGUAUUUUAUUUUAUUUUUUUUACAAAGUCUUCGACACGAAUGUCCCUAAAGUGGAGAGUGAUAAUUAAAUGUCUUUAGUCACUUGUUUCUUGCAUGGUACCAACAGCAUCAAUAUGUAGGCCAGAAUCCCAGUCACAGUCAGAAUGUGAAAUGAGUUUUUACACCACAGCAAUAGAAAAUACUCAUCAAGAAAUGAAAAACCACCACAAAGGGCUCUUACCCAAGCCAUACCGUUCAGUAUGACUUUGCAUCUGACCAUGCUGUGUAACACUAAAAUCUGUCCCUAGUUGUACAGCUUUUUGUUACGUCCCCUGCUGCUGCAGAAAUUCAAGAGCAACAUGCAACUUUUCAGAUUGCUUACAUGAUGUCUUCCUUCCUUCGCACCAAAUUCACUGCAUUGCUUUACAUUCGCUGUGACACUGAGAGCGCUGUGACUGCAUGUUGAUUUCUGAUAUUGUGCCAUGUGAAACCAACAACCUCAUUUUGAAGUACUGUAUUACAGCUGGAGUGUGAGAGGCGAGCAUGGCAGGGAGGAAACCGAAAGACAAUUUAUUUAUUUCUGAAACCGAUAUGGAAACCUUGAAGUGUGCAUAUUCUUCACUGUCAUCUAAAAACAUUAGUUCACAGAAACUCAUGUUACUUUCAGGUUUUUAUAUUUUAAAUUUUGACUUUCGCUGGAAUGUUUUUGGCAAAUUAUAUCACCAAUCUCUGUGUGUUUUUGACUUAAGGAUAAACUAAAAGCCAAAAUAAUUAGCCAAUCAUUUUGUUGACAUGCAUAUUUUAUGGGAAUUGUAAGAUGUGCUGUGCUCUUGUUGUAAAUGUUGUAUAGAGUUACUUCUUCUGAAAGCAUCUUUCUGUAGAUAAAACAAAGACGACUUCAGAGGACCCGGUCCAUUUGUAGCAACAUCUCUUCCCUUUUUGUACACACUGUUUAUAUACAAUGAAAUCAUGUAAAUAUGCAAAUCGGCUUCCUUUAAAAUGUUUGUAAUUGCUGGCUUUUACAUUUUUAUAAUAAAACAAACACACCA